CUUGCACAGGUGUACCUGACUCCUCCCCUCCAGCUUGCAGCAGGUGUAACCGGCUCCAUCCCCUUCCUCCAGUCUUGCGCAGGUGUACCGACUCCUCCCCUCCAGCCUUGCGCAGGUGUACCGACUCCUCCCCUCCAGCCUUGCGCAGGUGUACCGGCUCCUCCCCUUGAAUCUUGCACAGGUGUACCGGCUCCUCCCCUUCAGCCUUGCGCAGGUGUACCGGCUCCUCUCCCUGGGACUGAAACACAGCUUCUCCUGGUGACGUCACCGGCUUCCUCUGAGUCACCGCACACUGGGAGCUUCUCACAAUGUGCAUUAGAAGCUGCAGCCACAUGUGGGCGUUAUCUAUGCAAAUACAGCCCUGUCUAGCACAACGCCCACUCCUCCAGACUGACACGCCCAUCCAUGCA